UAACUUGAUGAAUGUGUCGCGUUAUCAGAACUGUACCUGGCCAAUAUUGAGCCCUAUUUGUAGCUUUUUAACCGUGAUAAGAUCACCUCAUAGAACCGACUGUAUUCUUUACGAGCCCCACACCUGAUUAAGUUUCUAUUACAAUAUCUCUAAAGGACCAGAGGCUUAGUGAGGUUCAAACUCCGUGAGAAGAGAUUUACAUAACAGUUAAUCUGCCUCACUUAAUGUAGCUAAGACGUCCUCCUGUGUAACAUAGGGGUCAGUAUAUAUUUUGACGUUAUAUUUGCAUUUUGUUCCAAGGCGUGAUAGACGUUUAUUGCGGACACUUCACUCUGAAUUUCUCCGUAUGUACCCACCGUGUAUUAUGUGGUAAAUAUCUUAUGGGAUUAACGAAAUUAGUCCUGAGCGUAUUAAGAAAUUGCUGCUUAUAAUUGAUAUGAUUGUCGUUUCGCAAAAUGAUUUGAUUUUGAUCGGAUUGUAAGCCAGGAGAGGAACUGCUUAGUAACGUGGACAAACUGACCGAACAUCUACAGCAAAAACAAAUCAUUGAACCCAAUUUUUCGCCUAUAUUCAGCAGAUUUCGAGUUUCUGCUUGAUCGGGAUUUAACAUGGCUGGAAGACGGAUCAACUUGGACGAUGAGACUAGUGACCGUAUGUCUCCCUGUAGCCAUACAAGGACGGGACGAAAAGACAAGGGGAAAAAGGGGGGAGAUGAUGAAGUUGAGGAACAGGCUGAAAGCUUUGCUUACAAGAUUCUUUCCCAGGAACAGUGUACAGAACUCAUGGGCCUGGAAGUAACUGACAUACAAAACAAACUAUGUGAAAUCUUCAAACUGUCCAACCACUGCACAGAUUUACAGGAUGCAGCUACAUUAGAUUACUACACAAGUGCCGUCUGGUGGGGGAAACAACAGUCCUUUACCACCCAGCAACUGUCUGGGUUCUUCACAAUGGUGCACACAUUGUUUACAAAUGUCAAAGAUCAGCACAUGCAUUUAGUUGAUAACCUGAAGGAAAUGCAAAAAAUGUUACGCGGAAUAGAACCAGAAUACUCUGAUGUUAAAUCGGCAGGGAUGGAGUUCUUCAACUUACAACAGGCUAAAAGUAUUUCUGAAUAUAUGUUUACCAGUCUCUUUCAACACUACAAAUUGUUUGAAUUUAUGUUCUCCCACACACAAGCUGAGGAAAUCAUUGGAACAGAUCUGGAGAUAGAGGUGGCUAAGCCAGCUGCAAUGCCCUUCCCCCCACCCCUGGACGAGGGAGUGGAAGAGAGCCUCCACACGUCUUACAUAGCCACCCCUCCCCCCUCUCCAGAACCAGAGGUGACCAGUGAGACUUGUGUCCAAAAUCUAGAUCAGGAAGCACAGGUUGAUGAGUCAGCAAAAUCCACGGAGCCACCCCCAGUGGAGGACAUUGAUGCUUUCUCAGAACUGACCCCACAAGAUGUCCUAGAGGUGGUGGAAAGUGUCACAAAGGAUCUCAUGUCUGGCCUGCAGCUCGAUUUGGCUGCUAAACUGAGAGAGAAGGAGAACAACUUAAUCCAGCGAAUAAAUAAAGUUCACAAGGUGGCGGAUACAACGUAACAACAACAACAACAACAACAACACACAACAACAAACAGCAACAACUCCGUGCAGUGCUUGUUAUCUGAUUGACACACAUUAUACUUUAUUUUACCUGUUUAUAUCGUUAUAAUAAAAAUGCAAAACACUUA